AUGGCGAACCAGCAACCUGCUCGCCCCUGGUUUCGGGCCGCUUCUCUCGCUCGACCUGCCCAGCCACCACCUCAGCCCACGGCUCCGGCGGCCGAGGUCACCGCUCCACCGCAACCACGUCCGUUCCGGACUCUCUCUACGGUGGCUCCUCCCGCUGCGAACCCACCUCCGGUAACCCGCCCGACUGGUCCGCCUGCAUUGCAGCCAACUGCGGCUGCGGCGCAAUCUGCAAGACCAACCAACGGCGGCGAUUCUGUUCAGGCUUCCCCUGCUGUUCGCACGGAUAGCAUUGCUGCUUCUUCCCUCCCGUCCUCUCCCAAACCUGCAAUUACGCCCGCUCCUACUUCUUCUCUUCCAUCUUCCCCUGUCCGUAAACCGGCAGCUGUUUCCUCCUCUGUCCCUGGCUCUCCAGUUCAGGCCCGAAAGAUCUUUUCAGUCACUAAUUCUCCGGUGAGAAACCCUGUUCCAACCGUAUCUUCGGUUCCGAAUUCUCCCAAACUAGGACCACCGGCAGCUCCACCGGCGACCAAAUCUGUCCCGGAGCCGCCUCCAAGAUCCGUCAAUCCGGCAGCCGAAACCCCACCUCAAUCACCCAAGAGAAACCCCACUGCCCCACCUCCAUCGCCUCUGACCCUGCCGCCGUCUCAGUUGAAAUCGGCACCUGAACCUCACUUUUCCCCUGAGGCAGAGCAGAAGACCGUGGUGCUCCAGAAGACGGCGGAGAGCCAAUCCGCCACGAAGAAGUUCUGGUCCGGCUGGAGCGGAUCUGAGGGCGGCGCCGGGAAUCCUCUGAUGGGUCUUCGACCAAAGGAGGAGAAUCACAAGGCGAAGAAGAAUCCGUCCGAUUUCGAAGACAAGGGGACCAAGAUCAUCACCAUCGCCGGAGAAAACAGGGGAGCCCUGAUGGAACUGUUCCGUUCUCCCCGGAAAUCGGGGAAUCCGUUGUUUCCGGGGAACCCUCGUUACCUCCACAGGAGCCCCGGAACCAGCUCCGGCAGCAGCAGCGGGGAAGACGGAGAGGGGAAGAAGAACAAGGCCGAGAGGAGAGGCGGAUCGGGAACAGGGAAAGGAGCGAAGCCGAUGAGCGCAGUCAUGAACAGUAACGUCCAGGGGAUCAACAACUCGAUCAUGUUCAAUUCCUCCUGCAGCCACAACGAUCCAGGCGUCCACGUGUCGCUCUCCAGAAAUCCCUCCGACGGCGGCGGUGGAUUGCAUCACGGGAAGGACCACCGCAGCAAUGGGUAUCAAAGUUAG